UUGGUCGAUUGAGACGGUUGAGACGGUUGAGACGGUUGAGACCCCCAUCCAUCCAUCCAUCCAUCCAUCCAUCCAUCCAUCGGCUUCCACCCUCCACCCCCAAAGUCGGUCAUCAUGUCCGUCUUGACCAACGAGAAGGCCCUAGUAGGCCAAGACCUGGAACCGGUCUACCAACACUUCCUGGCUUUGGCCGCCCCACCCGGAUCCCACGGCGACCCCGAGGGCGACCCCGAGGGCCACGCCCCGGACCCUAACUCCGUCUCCGGCCCGGACAAGUCGGACGAGUCGGACGCGCCCGAGUAUCGCUUCAAGAAGAAGGAGAGCGUGUCCACUAUGGCCAAGAGUUUGCUCAAGCACCGCCUCCAAACCCUGACCGGCCAGAGCAUGGCCCAAAUCCAAGUCCGAUUGGGCUAUGACCUCAUCCGCGAUGGCAAUGGCAUGGGCGUGCGCGACAUGCGACGCUUAGCCCGCCUCAUGCUGCGCCAGGCCCACGGUCAACUGGGACCCCCGCCGGCCCGGCCCAAUCCCCGCAAACGAGCGCCGGAAGCGCCGGCCUUGGCCCCACAUGAAGCGCCGGAACCGGCCGUCAAACGAUCGCGCUCCUCGCGACGCUCGGUCCUGCCGGACUCGUCACUUACGCCGGCAUCGACCACGCCGCCCAAGACCACCCGGAGUCGCCGAUCGCUGAAUACUUGGGCUACCUCCGAAUCGCCGGCCUGCCGUUUGGUUCCCGAACCAAAAACCCAGCCCAGCCCGCUGAUCGAAGACGCCCCGACUGAAGACGAUUGGGGGUUAGAAAACCCCACGCCCGCCAUGAUCGCCUUGAAACGCAAAAGUCUGAGCCGUCGGGGGGCCAAGGUCACUUUAGACCAGUUCAAGGCCCAGAAAGCCGUGGUGGUGGCUCAAUCUCGGGUCCAAGCCCGGCCCAUGCGAUCCAACUUACCGGGCGCUUCCUUCGAAGACGAGAACGGCCAAACCCGGCGUUGUCACAUUACGCUCAUUCAAGGUGUCUCCAUCACGUUAAAAUACCAGUCCUUGGUAGCAUUGAUGCCCGAGUUCCGGGGCGCUCAUCUGUCCAUGGUGCACACCCCGGCCGAAUGGGGCCGCGGGGACGUGUCCAAUAUGAUUCAGUGCCUGCGAAGCACGAAUCAAGAGGCCGGGUUACCCUGUUUCCUAGUCUUGGUGGGCUGCGCCCCCGUGACUGUGCCAAUUUAUCUGGACGCCCUUCACCGACACACUCAACACGUGCAAUGCGUGGUGAUCGACCGCCAAGACCAGAACCUGGAGCAAGGCCCCAACGGAAUGCUCCGCGAGACUUGUUCCUACUUCCUGUUGGCUUAUUUCUUCCCGGGUUGUCAUGAUGCCCAGAAUUCAGUGCCUUUUCCCAUGGUCCGGAAAGACAUGACCACGUGCUUCCGCACCCAGAGUGUGGAAGAUCUCGAGAACACCAUCGUCCAUGCCCUGACGGUGGAGGGCGACUGCGUACUGGAUUUGUGUUGUCGAGGGCGAGAAUUGAGUCUGGCCGCCCAGAAGAUGGGCCGAUUUGCCGUGGCCAUUGACGAGGACGAGGACAAGCUCGAGCGUCUGAAGGAUAAGGCCAAAGCCAUCGCCGUUCACCACGAUAAGACUUUCAAGGGGGCAGAUGUCCAAAUUUUGAAAAUGUAAACGCACAGGUUGAAAUGUUGAAGUCUCGAGAAACUCUAUUCCAAAUUCAAGAAAGCUAUCUAUUACCCUGUGACGAAACGAUGCGAAAUAUAUCCGAAAAACGA